GAAAAAUGAUCAUAUUGGAAUUAUAAUUUUUUUUUCGCCACCAUGGAAGAGCAUAAGAAAAAAUGAAAAAAAAAAAAAAUUGAUAAAAGAGUGCCAAAUUUCUCAUAGCCAUUUGUCAACCAUCUAUUGGGUAACUGCCCUAAUGGUUGUCCCAAAAUCGGCAUGGCGGCAGUCGCCUCAAUAUUGGACUCUUUCAGAUGGGAUAUUUAAUAUUCUGAAAUGGUAAUGGAAUAAAAACGCAACAUCUAAAAAUAUAAAAAUUAAUUUCAUUUCAUUCUAUUCUUUUUUGCGCACCAAAACUAACUCCGACCCAAUGGGAGGGUCUUUAAGUAGAGUAUUCACUGAUUGAGCAUCCCGAUCUAUCGCUAAAGAGUGAAGGAAGUUGAUUGUUGGAGAUUAGGGCUGCUCGAGCCAAACGUCUGAUUGCAUUUCAGAAUGGGUCUGUGGAUGUGACGAAACAUGUUUAAUUGUUUGCAAAUGAUGGUCCUUUAACGCAAUUCCGAUUGCAAUUUCUCUAGUCAAUUUAAGUUCUUCAAAUUUAUAUUUUUGGAAGAAAUGCUGCUGCACUUGCAUCAUAUGGUUCACAUUCAGGGUGGAGACGCUUGAGCAAUUGGCUGUGUAAUGGUGGGUCGGGGGCCUUUGCCUAGCAGAAUCUUGUUAUAUCUACCACUCUUCUGAAUUAAUUGUGAUCGAUAAAGCAAGAACUAUAGUUAAAGUGCAGAACUCAUUUUGGGUAUUCACAGCUCUCCUUCUGGUUGAGGAGAUUAAGCUGCCACUUCAAAUACCCAAAAGCUAGACCAUUCCAUUCCUCGAUUUUGAAAAUAUUGACAGCCUCAAAGCUGAUCUCACUGCCCCGGUGUUCAUCCCUAGAAAAUUCUUUUCGAAUAAUAAGAUAUGAUCUAUGAACUUAACAACAAUCUAAGCAUAUAUAUAUAUAUAUAUGAGGCUUACACGCCAAGGCCCACAAUUUAGAAAUAUCCUUACUACACCUACCACAAUAGCAACUCCUCCAAAUUGAUCAGAAGUAUCUAAAAACAAAUUAGAUGAUUAAGUAAAUAAGUGAAGGUCCAGACAAGAAAGUUAACAUAAUCCCACCAAACUAGCAGAUCUACCAACCCUUAUUUUGCUUCUUCCAGAAUCAUUGUAGGUCUCUUGUCUUCAUCAAUUGUCCACUGUUCUUACUUCAUCACCAAGCAUCAUGCAGCACAAACCCCAUUCACCACUCUUCUUCCUAACUUCAAUUCAACCAGAUAUAACCUUAUAACAUGAUUCAUCAACAAACCAAAUUCCCAACCCACUCAUCUCUUCCUUCCAUUUUCAAACCCAGACAAAACAUGAGGCCGAAAACCCAUUACGCCUUGAACCUGAAACUCCUCCUCCUCGGUAUCUUCCUGGCUUUCUUCUUCCUCUUCCUUUUGAGAUCAAGCUUUUCAUCUUCCCAGAAAAAACUAACAUCCUCCAUCUCACAGACCUUUCUUCCAAAGGCACCGAAUCCCACAAAAUGCUCGCCUACUUGCACCAAGAUACCACCCUCCUUGGCUCACGCUCUUAUCCACUACUCAACCUCAACCAUCACCCCACAACAAACACUCAAGGAAAUCUCAGUGACCUCAAAGAUACUCCAAAAGAGGUCACCGUGUAACUUUCUGGUCUUCGGCCUCGGACAUGACAGCCUCAUGUGGAGCAUUCUCAACUAUGGCGGGCGAACCAUCUUCGUUGAAGAAGAUGGGGCAUGGAUUGAGCAAAUCAAACGGCGGUUUCCCACACUCGAAUCAUAUCAUGUCAAGUAUGACAGCAAAGUGAACCAGGCAGAGGAUCUCAUGGAGGCAGGUAAGGGCCCCGAGUGCACCGCAGUUGGGGACCCUAGAUACUCCAUGUGCCAGCUUGCCCUCAAGGGAUUGCCUAGUGAGGUCUAUGACAUAAAAUGGGACUUGAUCAUGGUGGAUGCACCGACUGGCUACUACGAGGAGGCACCAGGGAGGAUGACCGCCAUAUACACAGCAGGGAUGAUGGCCAGGAACAGGGAGGAUGGGGAGACAGAUGUAUUUGUGCAUGAUGUAAACCGGAUUGUGGAGGACAAGUUCUCCAAGGCGUUUCUGUGUGAUGGAUAUAUGAGAAAACAGGAGGGAAGGCUAAGGCACUUCACAAUCCCAAGCCACAGAGACGGCCUAAACAGGCCCUUCUGUCCCCCAACUCCCCUAGAAUAAUGACAAACACCAGGUGCAUGAUUAUUGUCAUUUUCUGGGGAAUUAAGAGUAUUCUUUCAGAUAUCAAUGUUUCUAGGACAAGAAGUAGAAACAAGAUGUUUGUUCUUCGUUUUUUUUUGUCAGUGGCACAUGCACACAGCAAAAAUAAAACCGGUAAAUAGGUUAACAUUUUUCAUGCCAUGGGUGGCCGCAUGAAUAUACAUAAUCGCAAGAUGUAUUCCCUCAUUGAAUCCAAUAUAUAUGUCAGUUCUCUCA